UUGCCCACAUCCAAUAUGUCCGCCGUCGUCUACGUUCCGGAACAAAAACACGACUCGUGGAGGAUGGCAGACGGCGGAGUGGACGAGCUUUCGCAGCUAGAAUAUUUGUCUUUGGUGUCUAAAGUGUGUACGGAGCUCGACAACCAUCUGGGAAUAAGUGACAAAGAUUUAGCUGAAUUUGUCAUCAGCCUCGCAGAAAAACAAACGAGCUUCGAUGGAUUCAAAGCUCUCUUGGUUCAAAAUGGAGCCGAAUUCACAGAUUCUCUCAUCAGUAACCUGCUCAGGCUCAUCCAGACUAUGCGACCUCCAUCCAAGGCAUCUACAAGUAAAGCCUCUGAGCUGAAGCCGAAGUCAGAGAAAGACAAGCUGAAGGAGAUGUUUCCUGCUCUGUGUCGACCAAAUGAUCCAGCUCCAAAGAGGCUUCUGGAUGAAGAUGACGUGAAAGUCGCAGCCGAUGCCAUGAAGGAGCUGGAAAUGUUUAUGCCCAGCGUCAGCGGGACGGACUCCAAAGGCAGCAAGAGCAAGACAGAAAAAAGCAGGCGACACAGCCGAAGUCGCAGCCGAAGCAGAGACAGAGACCGACACCGAGACAGAGAUCGUGAGAAGGACAGAAAGAGGCGACAUCGCUCUCGGUCCAGAUCCAGAUCUCGCUCCAGAGACCGAGACCGGCACAGAGAGCGAGACCGAGAUAGAGAUCGCGGCAAAAGACGAGACAAGACCUCCCGCUGGUCCGAUCGCUCGCCGAGUCCCAGGAAAGAGCAAGACAGAGACUCUGACCGCUGGAAGGACAAACAUGUGGAUCGGCCUCCCCCAGAGGAGCCGUCAGUCGGUGACAUCUACAACGGAAAAGUCACCAGCAUCAUGCAGUUCGGAUGCUUUGUUCAGCUGGAGGGACUAAGGAAACGUUGGGAGGGUUUGGUCCACAUUUCUGAGCUGCGUAGGGAGGGCCGAGUGGCCAACGUGGCCGAUGUUGUCAGCAAAGGACAAAGAGUCAAAGUCAAGGUUCUGUCAUUCACCGGCUCCAAGACCAGCCUCAGUAUGAAGGACGUGGACCAGGAGACGGGAGAGGACCUGAACCCCAACAGGAGGAGGAACGUGGGUCCGGACGGUGGAGAGGAAAUCUCCAUGAGGAAUCCCGACCGGCCGAGCAACCUGAACCUGGGUCAAGCCCCCGAGCUGGAGCAGGACGACACUCUGGAGCGCAAGAGGCUCACCAAGAUCUCAGACCCAGAGAAGUGGGAGAUCAAACAGAUGAUCGCUGCCAAUGUGCUCUCCAAAGAGGAAUUCCCCGAUUUUGAUGAUGAGACGGGAAUCCUUCCUAAAGUCGAUGAUGAGGAAGAUGAAGACUUGGAGAUCGAGCUGGUGGAAGAAGAACCGCCGUUCCUCAGAGGACACACCAAACAGAGCAUGGACAUGAGCCCCGUCAAGAUCGUCAAGAAUCCAGACGGCUCGCUGUCCCAGGCAGCCAUGAUGCAGAGCGCCUUGGCGAAGGAGAGGCGAGAGCUGAAGCAGGCGGCGCGUGAGGCUGAGAUGGACUCCAUCCCCAUGGGCCUGAACAAACACUGGGUCGACCCGCUGCCAGACGCCGACGGGAGGCAGAUUGCCGCCAACAUGAGGGGCAUUGGCAUGAUGCCUAACGACAUCCCAGAGUGGAAGAAGCACGCUUUUGGAGGGAACAAGGCCUCGUACGGAAAGAAGACGCAGCUCUCCAUCCUGGAGCAGAGGGAAAGUCUGCCCAUCUACAAGCUGAAGGAGCAGCUCAUUCAGGCUGUUCACGACAACCAGAUCCUGAUCGUCAUCGGAGAGACGGGUUCUGGUAAAACCACGCAGAUCACUCAGUACCUGGCCGAGGCCGGCUACACCACCAGGGGGAAGAUCGGCUGUACGCAGCCCCGACGUGUUGCCGCCAUGUCGGUGGCCAAAAGAGUCUCUGAGGAGUACGGAUGUUGUCUGGGACAGGAAGUGGGCUACACCAUCCGUUUUGAGGACUGCACCAGUCCUGAGACGGUAAUCAAGUACAUGACGGACGGUAUGCUGCUGAGAGAGUGUUUGAUUGACUCUGAACUGGGCCAGUACGCCAUCAUCAUGUUGGACGAAGCCCACGAGAGGACGAUCCACACCGACGUUCUGUUCGGUCUCCUCAAGAAGACCGUCCAGAAGCGCACCGACAUGAAGCUGAUCGUAACGUCGGCUACGUUGGACGCCGUCAAGUUCUCUCAGUAUUUCUACGAAGCGCCCAUCUUCACCAUCCCAGGAAGAACAUAUCCAGUGGAGGUUCUGUACACCAAAGAACCUGAGACGGACUACCUGGAUGCCAGUCUCAUCACCGUCAUGCAGAUUCAUCUUACCGAGCCUCCAGGUGACAUCCUGGUGUUUUUAACCGGGCAGGAGGAGAUCGACACCGCCUGCGAGAUCCUGUACGAGAGGAUGAAGUCGCUCGGACCCGACGUCCCCGAGCUGAUCAUCCUGCCGGUUUAUUCCGCUCUGCCCAGCGAGAUGCAGACCAGGAUCUUUGACCCGGCACCCCCAGGCAGCAGAAAGGUCGUCAUUGCUACAAACAUUGCAGAGACGUCUCUGACCAUCGAUGGGAUCUAUUAUGUGGUGGAUCCCGGCUUCGUCAAGCAGAAAGUGUACAACUCCAAGACCGGCAUCGAUCAGCUGGUGGUGACCCCCAUCUCACAGGCUCAGGCCAAGCAGAGAGCCGGUCGCGCCGGCAGAACCGGACCGGGGAAGUGUUACAGGCUUUACACUGAGAGAGCUUACAGAGACGAGAUGCUGACCACAAACGUUCCUGAGAUCCAGAGAACCAACUUGGCCAGCACUGUGCUGUCUCUGAAGGCGAUGGGAAUCAACGACCUCCUGUCCUUUGACUUCAUGGACGCUCCUCCGAUGGAGACUCUGAUCACAGCCAUGGAGCAGCUCUACACCCUGGGAGCUCUGGACGACGAGGGUUUGCUCACCCGGCUGGGGAGGAGGAUGGCUGAGUUUCCUCUGGAGCCGAUGUUGUGUAAGAUGUUGAUCAUGUCGGUGCAUCUGGGCUGCAGUGAGGAGAUGCUCACCAUCGUGUCCAUGCUGUCUGUGCAGAACGUCUUCUACAGGCCCAAGGACAAGCAGGCGUUGGCCGACCAGAAGAAGGCCAAGUUCCACCAACCUGAAGGCGACCACCUCACCCUGCUGGCCGUCUACAACUCUUGGAAGAACAACAAGUUCUCCAACCCCUGGUGCUACGAGAACUUCAUCCAGGCUCGCUCCCUUCGCAGAGCUCAGGACAUCCGCAAACAGAUGCUGGGAAUCAUGGACCGGCACAAGCUGGACGUGGUGUCCUGCGGUAAAGCCACGGUGAGAGUCCAGAAAGCCAUCUGCAGCGGUUUCUUCAGGAACGCAGCCAAGAAGGAUCCACAGGAAGGUUACAGAACCCUGAUAGACCAGCAGGUGGUCUACAUCCACCCGUCCAGCGCCCUGUUCAACCGGCAGCCAGAGUGGGUCGUCUACCACGAGCUGGUCCUGACCACUAAGGAGUACAUGCGUGAGGUGACCACCAUCGACCCUCGCUGGCUGGUGGAGUUCUCUCCAGCCUUCUUCAAAGUGUCCGACCCGACGCGCCUCAGCAAGCAGAAGAAGCAGCAGCGCCUGGAGCCGCUGUACAACCGAUACGAGGAGCCCAACGCCUGGAGGAUCUCCAGAGCCUUCAGACGUCGCUAACGUGUCGACGGCGGUGAAGAAGUCCGAUGUAGGGCGUCAAACUUUGAAUUUCAAGCAGUUUUCAACACUUUUUCCCCCCAAAAAGUAAAAUUAAAUUGAAAAUCUGUUGGGUUUAGGAGGCAAAUUCAUCAAUGUUCUCAGAGGAAAUCCACAGUUAUUUACUUUUCACAGCACUAGAACAGAAACUAAAGAGAAAGUUCUGUUCAUCGAGGUUUUAAAGUCCUCAAAACAAUGUAUAUAUAUUUCAGCUCUGUAAAUUCUAAUAGCAUAAUGUGCCUAAAUAAGGACCUGAAUGGAUUUUAGUGAAUCAACUGCUUUUUCUUUCUUUUGUCACUCCUAAAGGAUGUAUGUUUGAUAGAUUUUGUACGAUAACUUGGAGAACUUUUACUCGUCAGUGUAUCUGAAUCAAUCUGUGAAAAUGUGUCCUCAUUAAAUGCUACAUUUUCCUAAA